AUGGAACCAAACAAUCUCCCAGCGGCGGAUUAUUCGCCUCUUUCUCAAGUUUUCGAUCUUGAACGGCGCAGUUCAAGUGAAGACGGCUGUAGAUUGCUGCCUCAUUCGCUUUCUAGGGAAAAAGACAUGAUCGAACCCGUUGCUCGUGAAACUCUCGACCCUCUAGCAAAACGAGCAAGCAGCUGUACUCGCACAGAUCUCACUUUCGACACAACAAAGAAGCCUUCUGGAGACACCUUUCACUGUUUCAAAUUCCCGAUACUAUUAUUAACGCUUGUCAUACCUCUGAUUGGCUUGGUUGCCUGGUUUGUGUUUACAGCACCAAAAGUUGAGCUUUUUGGGUCAUUUGCUGGUUUGGUGAUUGGCGGCCGUUUUUCUCAAAGCUUUGCCAAAGGCAUCGAUAUUGUCUACAGUGGACUUCUGGCCCCAGCUCUAAUGACUGCCUUGAAUUUUGUUUGGUUUAGCUCUGCGCGUCUGGCCAUCCGCGCGUCUCGAGACAGGCCGCAAGAGCAGCAGCGAAGGAUACCUCUAGCGACCUGGGUGACAGCCAGUGGUAUGUCUACGGGAAGUUAUAAUGUGAAGGAUUUUCUUUCCCUACGGCGGGGGCGAAUGUGGCGACUGUACUGCCUAAUACUGCUUGCCUUAUCGACUGCGUUCUCUUGGACCACUUUAUCCAAUAUCAUCGCUUAUGAGGCUUACACGGAGAUUAUUCCUUCUAAUGUCAAGUAUAAGCUUAGAACUCUUAACGACAUGCAGAUCGAUUCUAAGACACGCACCUCUGAUGAUAUUCUAAUGUCCCGGCCGGAAGUCCUUGGACCCCAAACCAGUUUCAAAUUGAACUUACAACAACAGGCCAGUAUCUCUGAGCGGCUUACGACUCUUUUGAACCAGAUAGCGACAUAUAAUUCAUCAAUGCUUGAUUCCGAAGGAGGCUAUGUUGUCGUCAACGCGACAGACAGCUCGUUGGCCGACUUGGACCCGUCUGUGAUGGCACUGUAUGAUAUACCUGCGUUUCGCUUGAGUGCGAUCUGCGAACCUGUACAGCUUGCUCCUCCUUCUUUGUUCCCUGCACAGAUGAAUGACGAUGUUGUUCAAAUUCUCGGAAGGCUCUCUAUAUCAAAUAGUACUGCCGAGAGGUACGCCUACUGGUAUCCUGGUGUUGCAGAGGAUAUCAAAUCCAAGUACACUUCGGAACUGGCAAUUGUUCUCUUCUCGCCCAACUAUCAACAUGCAGUUCUGGGCUAUAUGCAAAAAAACACUUGGAAUUACAGUGUUUUAACGCAGUACGGUGAGAUUGAGCCAGUAGUAUUGAACCUCACCUCGGCCUACGGCAUUAUGACCACAUACUCUCUGCAUUGCUCUCUCCUUCGCCAAGAGGGGCUCGCCAACCAUACACGCUCAACUGGCCAAAUAUGGGAGUUGUCCGGGUCGCGAUUUCAGCCUUCUAAGAGCCCACAGCGUUCAUUUAUCGGUGACUGGCAGGUUAUGCUCAACUAUCACGCCAUGGAUGAAACAAGCACGAUCCCUGGUAUCGCGCCUGCGAUUAGGGGGGGGGGGUUAGCCUGUGAAAUCGAAAUGGCUGACUGGCAACUUGCGAUGUGUCCAUCAACCAACUUUUCGACAUUUGCCGCCAACUUUGUGCUCGCAUCCGGCCGUGCUCAAAGCAUUCUGUUCAACGUCGCUGCAAUGGACUCUUCCCGCGACCGCCCGGAAUACUUUUACAAUGUGACGGGAGCAGUAACGCAACAGUUUUACCACAUCACCUACGUUCCGGCGCUACUUCUUGCUAGCCUGCUUAGUCUUACCAUUGCAGCGUCUACAGCGGUUGGCAUGACUGUGUAUGCGAGAUGGAUUCAAGGAGAUGGCAUGAAGACAUUGCGUGAAGCUACUCCACUGCGGCUUGUAGUUGAUAGCGGGGCGGGAACAUUGCAGGACACAGCCAGCAUGACUAGGUUGGCUGACUUGUCAGAUUCACAACUUCAAAAAGUAGCCAAGGAAGUCUACAUCAUGACGUUGGCAUGUACACCUGAGAGUCUGAAGUAG